UUUUUUAAUGGAUCAAACAACACCAAGAAUCGAUUCCAUGGGUGUUGAAUAAUUUUCGGAUUCCAAUUUCAGAAAAAAACGAUAUCAUCCAUUUCUGUAUGCAGUUUUGUAAAAAAAAAACUCAACCACACAAAAUUGCAGAAAUAAACAGAAACAAAAGAUGUUUUAAUCAUCGAGCACCAUUUUGUGAUUGUAUGUGUGUGUGUGUGUGUAUGAUCGUGGUGGUGGUGGUGGUGGUAGUUUUUUUUAAAAUUCCUUUCAUUUUUAUUCAUAUAUGUUUUGUGAUUGAUGUUCUUCUGGUCGAUAUUUCGUCAUCAUCAUCAUCAUCGUUUAUAGCAAAAAAAAAAAAAAAAAAAAAUGCGUUGUUGUUAGUAGUCUAGUCACUUUCAACCACAACCACCAACAAUUAUCUUCUUCACUAAACACUGUUGUUGAAUUCUACAUCUUCAUCAACAAUUCCUUUGACUGCUUCUAGUUCUUUUUCUUUUUUUUUCAUUCAAUGUCAUCGUCAUCAACUUGUGAAUAUUCUAUAAGCCAAACGAGCAGCUAUCUUAUAACAAAUUAUGUCGGUUUCAAUCUAUGGUGUGUUUGUUUAUUAUUGAAAUUCCAUCCAUUGUAAAAGAUUUUAUCAAACCAAACCUCGUGUUCCAACAACAAUAACAACAACAACAACAAUUGUUUUAUUUGAUUAUUAGUUCGUGUGUGUUAUUCGAUUAUUAGUUCGUGUGUGUGUAGGUGUGUAAAUCAUCCAUAAUAUCCCAUUGAAUAAAAAUGGGUAAAGAUUAUUAUGCCAUUCUACAGAUCAAUCGUGGUGCUACAGAUGAUGAAAUUAAAAAGGCUUAUCGUAAAUUAGCAUUAAAAUAUCAUCCAGAUAAGAAUAAAUCACCGGAAGCUGAAGAAAAAUUUAAAUUGAUUGCUGAAGCAUAUGAAGUGUUGUCGGAUAAAAAGAAACGUGACAUUUAUGAUCAAUUCGGUGAAGAAGGUCUUCGUAAUGAUGGCGGUAUGAGUUCAAGCGGUGGUUUCAAUUCGAAUGGUAAUGCAGCCAAUAAUUUCACCUAUACGUUCCAUGGUGAUCCACGAGCAACAUUUGCUCAAUUCUUUGGCACAGAUAAUCCGUUUGAUAUAUUCUUUAAUUUUGGUGGUCUUGGUGGAAAUAGUCAUUCAGUUCAUCACCAUCAUCAUCAUCAUCCAUCUUCAUUCAUAGGUCCUGGAUUUUCAUUUUUCAAUGGAUUCGAUGAUAUGGAUGAUUCAUUCUUUUCAUUUGGUGGUGGACCUGGCCGUAGUUCGAAUGCAUUUCGUUCACAAUCAUUUACACAUGGUUCACCUGGUAAUGAAAGAAAACAGCCACGUAAACAGGAUCCACCAAUCGAACAUGAUCUUUAUUUAUCGUUAGAAGAAAUAUUGAAUGGUUGUGUGAAAAAAAUGAAAAUUAGUCGUAAAAUUUUGCAACAGGAUGGAAAAACAUACAAAAAAGAGGAUAAAGUAUUAACCAUCAAUGUGAUGCCUGGCUGGAAAGCUGGUACGAAAGUAACAUUUCAACGUGAAGGUGAUCAUUCAUCAUCAUCGAUUCCAGCCGAUAUUGUCUUUAUAAUUCGAGAUAAACCACAUCCACAUUUUAAACGUGAUGGUUCCAAUAUCAUCUAUACGGCUAAAGUUUAUCUUCGUGAUGCAUUAUGUGGAUGUAAAAUUAAAGUUCCAACACUUUCUGGUGUUACGAUACCCAUACAGAUGAAAGACGUGAUUAAACCUACAACACAGAAACGUAUUCCUGGUGAAGGUUUACCAUUUCAAAAAGAUACCAAUAAACGUGGUGAUUUAAUUGUCAAUUUCGAUAUAAAAUUUCCUGAUCAUUUAAAUGAACCUACUAGACAGAUUCUGUAUGAUUGUUUACCAGCGAAAAGUUAAAAUGACAAA